CUGGCAUCUCGCUAUCAGUCUUCCGAGGGAGCGUCGCGACGAUCGACGAGCGGCUAAAAAUCAGCUCGGACCUCUCUUUCCAACUCCCCCUCUUUUUCUCUCUCUCUCUUCCAAUUCGUUUUAGCUUUACACGCAUCGACCGCUAAUUAGAACAGAGAGGUCUAGAGAAACAAUCAGGAUCUAUAGCUGACAGAUCGCUCGACGAUCGCACGCUACCCCCCUCCACAGAGUUCGACCAACCCUCCUCGAGUACCUUUUUUUUUUUAACAUAAUAAUUCCCAAAUUUCGACACAACGAUCGUGUUAUAACAACGGUAGUAACGUUGCAUGGUGGUUCACGCGAGCUAGUUUCAACGUCGAACGAAGAUAUAUAAUCGAAAGAAGAAUAGAGUGAAUUAUAAUAUACCAGUGAUAAGGAGCAAGUUUCGCGAUCCAGCUGGAGCGUAUUGUCGGAAGCCGUGGAUAGAAUGACGAUCGGUGUCAUCGAGAUAGACGAAGUGAAGUCAUCGAACAGACGUGUCAGGGUCGUGAGACACGAAGAAACGCUUGUCGGUUUAUUUUUGCGCCCCUGUCACCGUGCACACCAGCAAUAUCACGACAACGAUAAAUAACGCAACGGCGAUGCCAACGUGUGACAGGACGACGCGAUCGGCAAUGAAAUAAAAAUCGAUCGGUGACUAAGUAUCAAUGCGAGUACAGAACCGCAGGACACGGAAGAAUCGAUGCAUCGAUUCGGAUUUCAUCCACCUUUUCGUCCCUUAUUUAGCUCUCGUAUACGAAGCAUGCAACUGUCGCGUUUCGUCUGGGAUGGUUGGUUUGACAAAUUCGCGAGUGAUUAUUGGUGGUGACUGUUGUUGUUUCGCGAGUGGUGAAUCUUGAUUCUAGGAGGAAGAGCGUCAAACGAACGUGUGACAUGGGGAGCGACUGCUGCAAGUGCGCCAAUGGCAACAAACCUGCCAUUGCGGGAUCGUUUAGAAACCGUUCUGGAUACCGGCUACGCGGAGAUGUACCGAUACCAUCCGAUCGAUAUAGAGUACAAAUGAGAGGCAACGUCGUCCAGUUGACUCUGAAGCAAUCACAAAAGGACGACACAGGACACUAUGCUUUGGUGGCUACGAGAGUUGGUCAAGGAUUCGACAAAGGGUCUUCCAAGAAAAUUCACCUCAGCAUCGAUGAAGCUUCGGAAGAGGGUGAUCCACCAGUCUUCUUACGAAGAUUGACAGAUCUUGCAGUUAAAGUUGGCACCAGGACCAGAUUCCUCGUGGAAAUCCGGAGUUCGACCACACCGCAGAUCACUUGGCACAGAAAUGCCGAGCCGGUCCACGCGGGUUCAAGAUUCUCUUUCGUCCACGAGGGAAAUUUCUAUUGCGUGGAUGUGGCACCUGUCACGGUCGAGGACGAAGGACACUGGACCUGCAUGGCGGAAAAUCGAGGCGGACGAUCAUCCUGCACCUCCCGUCUUACCGUAAUCGUUCCAAAAGCGUACAAAAGGCCAGAAUUCGUGGAGGAGCUUCGAGCUCUUCUUACAGAGACAGGUACGGUGUCCUUGGAGUGUAAAGUAGUCGGUGUACCUACGCCGGUGCUAAGAUGGUUCAAGGACGACAAAGAAAUCAAGGCUGGUGAUGUCUUCGCUUUAACUGCCAACCUCGAUGACCCAACCUCCCUUGGCAUUUAUACUUGCGAGGCAGUAAACUGCAUGGGAAUUGCUUAUUCUUCUUCAAAAGUACAUGUGGUUGGGAAAGGCAGUAGGGAAGGUUCUUUGAAGCCAGCAGAUUCCUUAACACCGUCCGGUCCUCUUCCUACUUUCACGAGGAUUCUGCAGGACGAAUGUUGCAGGAUCGGGGACACUCUCCGGCUUUCCUGCCAAGUUCAAGUACCACCAUGGCCGAAAGCAAUUACGUGGUACAACAAAGAAGGACGCAUCGAACCGAGCGAGAAGUACCACGUGAUGGAAGAUGGCCUUGGUGGAUACUUUAUAGAGGUAAGCCCUGCGGAAGCCAUGGACGAGGGCGAGUGGAAGUGCGUCGCCACGAGCGCUGAAGAUAUGAAACAGUUUACUACUUGCUACGUUGCAAUGUCCAUUCCAAAGAACUACAGGAAACCCCGCUUCAUGGAAAGCUUGAAAGCUGUCCUAACAGAAGAAGGUCUGGUGUCCUUUGAGUGCAAAGUCGUAGGAUUCCCCACGCCAUUGUUGAGGUGGUUCAAGGACGGUCAGGAACUAAAACCAGGAGAUGUUUAUCAAUUAACCGGGACCAACUCCUUAGGAUCCUAUUGUUGCAUCGCAAGAAAUUGUAUGGGAGAAGCAAAAAGUACAGCCGAAUUAACGAUCGAAGAUAUACAAAAUCAAUUAAACGAAGAAGAACGUCUGCAACUUUUAAGCACAAAUCAGCCGCCCAUUUUCAUCAAAGGCCUUAGAAGUUGCGAAGCGAGAAUUAACGAAGAUUUCCGAUUUACGGUGCAAGUCAGUAUUUCGCCCGAGCCAAGCCUAGCUUGGUACAGGGACGACCAGCCAGUGGAGGAGAACGAGAAAUACCAGGUUGCCAAGGAAAAUCUUGGCACUUGCCAUCUCGACGUACAAAAGCUCGAAUUUCUCGAUCAAGCCGAAUGGAAAUGUGUAGCUUCCAACGAUCAUGGUCAAAGCGUCACUUCCUGUUUUCUCAAAUUAAUCAUUCCCAAGCACUACAAGAAACCCAAGUUUCUUGAGAGUUUGCGCGCCAUAUUAUCGGAAGAAGGCGCGGUAAAUUUAGAGUGCAAAGUGAUCGGUGUGCCUCAGCCGAUUCUGAAAUGGUACAAGGAUGGCGUCGAGUUAAAGCCAGGAGAUAUUCACAGGAUCAUUUCUGGACAAGAUGGAACCUGCUGUUUGGGCACUUACACCUGCGAAGCGACGAAUUGCAUGGGAACUGUCAGCAGUUCGGCGUCUCUUCUUGGCUUUGAAGAUAAACUCCCGGUUCAAAAAGAAGCGAAAGAACCACUGUCACCAAACGGUCACGAACUCGCUAGGAACUUGUCACUUUCAACGAUUCACGAAGAAAGAACGUCCCAGUUAUACGAUACACCACAAACCGAUCAUUCCGUCACGUUAGACGAUCGAGGAGAAGUAUCCUUCAGUUUCGAUGGUAAAGAGGUUUCCGUUAGCUUAUACGAGACACCUGAUCUCACCGAGGAAGAAGCUCUCCAGAUCGUUGAGAUGUACGCUGAUCAAUUAUCUGAACACGUAACAGAGCACAACGUGAUCGAACUGCCUCCAAUGCGAUUCGUUAAGGAAUCUUCGAAUUCCGGAAACCUCUUAAUGGAAGCAGUGGUGAUCGACGUGUCCCCAGAUUAUUUCGUCAGCGCGGAAGAUGGCGACGACCUUCGUACAGAAGCCGACUUCGAGGACGUGUCCAUCAUGGACGACGUAACUCGUGUCUUUUCCUCCCCGGAUCAAGACUCUCGCAGUUCUUUAAAACGAUCUGCCAGGUAUAGUUUGGAAGAAGACGACAAACCACCGACAAGACCUCCGAGAAAAAAAUCGAGCUCCUCGUCCAAAAGUGAAAAGAGCGAGAAGAGCCACAAAAUGGAAUCAGAAAGCUUUCACAGCGCUCAAAAAGACGAACCGUUUUCACCAGUGUCUCCGAUGUCACCGGUUUCCUCGUUGAAACAAGAUGACAGCGACACUUUCGCUGAUGCACUGUCUUCAGCGAGACUUUCCAUCUCAGAGAAUCAAGUUCAAAGAUUAUACGAAGACGGACGAGAAAGGAAACGCAGUCUGAGUGCAGAGAAAACAGCUGGCUCGAGCAUAGACGAUGGAAUAGGCGGAGAUUCUUCCUUCGAUUCCGUCACUGGUGUUCCAAAGAAGAAAAAACACCGAAAGAAGAAGCAUAAAAGGGAGAAAGGUAGCUCGGAAGAGUCGUCCAUUGGCAGCGAAAUCGAUGGGAAACGAAGAAAAAGUGGGUCAGCAGGUGCCAAUACCGAAAUGCUUCAACGUAUAGAGUCUAUAAACAAGACCGAAGAACCUUACGUAGAAGACGUGGCUGACAAAUCUAGCGAGAAGAAACAGACGACCAGUGAAUCUGACAAGUCAUUAUCGAAAAGUAACAAGGAAAGAUUGUUGGACAAUAUGAGGAGGCUCAAAGAACCUGUUUUUAUUGUUAGAGACACUUUAGUGAGCAUCGACAAUCUGGAAACUAAAUUGAACGCUGGUAGCGAAGAAGAGUGUAAGAUGAUCGUGACGAAUAACGUUAUCAAACCAAUUCAAAACUUAUGCGAAGAAGUGUCUUCUAUAGAGUCAAAGGCAUUGAAGAACGCGGGUGAUAGAUCUUUGAAUCAAACCAUUCGAAUUUCUUUGUUGGAAGCUAUCGGUGGUCCGACAGAGGAGCUUCUUCGUGGAAUGGAAUUAAUAGAACGUCAGGAAAACGUGAAAAAUCGUAAGAUGGAUUUAAUUGCAAUUUUGGAAAGCCUGACAGACCCAGUGGAUGAAAUUCUUAUGGGAAUCACGAAGCUCGAACAUGAGCUAACUGGACGAGCAAAGGGCGAGAGACCGAUUGCCUUGAUCAGGAUGAUUUCUGCAGUUUCUAAGCUCGAUGAAAAUGUCAGGAAUGUUUUAACUGUGGAUAAGCGAGCUACGAGAUUGGUAGCAAGCUUAGAGGAUAUUCUCAAUACUUUAGAUUUCUUUUUGAACGACGUUUCUGUGGAUCCGACUAAAGGGACGAUAGAAACUGUGGACACGGUAGUGGUUGAGUCUCUUUCGAAGUCUAUAGAAGACAUGGCGCGAGCUCUCAGUCGGUUUCCCACCAUCGAAGCAAAAGCAGACGGUGCUUCUAAAAUUGCAGAAGAACUUAUUCUUCCAACGCGCGAAUUGAAAGCAAAAUUAGAUACGUUGAAGUCUGCCUUGGAGACUUACGAAACGAGGGGCAUCUUAUCCGAGCAUCGAACGAAAUUGAUCGAGUCUCUUCAAGAAUCCGCUGAACAAACAAUCGUUGAGAUUCAAAGAGUAAAAGAUAAGAAGCCAAUGGAAGAUCAGAAAGGGGUAGUCGAAGAGCCUAAGCAAGAUAUUCUAAAGGAAGUGAGAUUGAGUCUUCAGGAAACGUUGAAAACGUACGAAAACAUUGCUGAUACUCUCGAUCCUCGGCUCUGCUCCAUUUUCGACCGAAUUGACGAGAUGUACAGAAGACUGAGGACACCACAAAGACGAGAAAUUGGCCUGGAAUCUCUAACAAAUCUAGACGGUCCAUUGUAUUCUCUUCAGUGCGCUCUAAGCUCAAUUUCCACCGCAGAGAACUCCGAAACGAUAUCUAAACUCUUGGAACCCGCCAUUUCUCAGUUGAAAUCAACAAUAACUAAUUUGAACGAGAAUUCUUUGCAAUCUAUAUUGGAAAUGGUUAAUAAUAUCGAGCGAAUUAUUUGUAAAACGGACAACGAAUUGGAAGAAAGUACAUCUUCGAGAUCGAUGCAGGAACAGCCUCACAAUUUGACAGAUAGAGUCCUGGAUCCUUUGAUAGAUGUUCAAGCAGCUUUAAGCAGUACUUUACAGAAUAUAGAAGACGUGGAACCUGUUACAAAUGGAGCAGCUAGUUCUCAAAAAUUAGCUUCUUCUGAAAUAGCUGUUUGUCUCGUAGAGCUCAGACAAUAUGUAUCUGACGCAGUUCAUACAGCGAUGACCUUGAGAGAAGACGAAACGAUAAAUAGCCUGAUAGAUCUGAAGGAGCCAUUGCUGGAUCUUCAAACGGCUCUUGUUUCCAAAGGAAGAACUUUCCAGGAGCUUCCAGUGAUUCGUAAAAUGUCGAUUCCAGUAGAAAAGCUGAAGAUCGUUGUAUCGAAAGCAUUAAAACACUUCACAUCACAAGAAGAUAUCAAUUCGAUAAAAGAUCUUCGGAAAAUGAUAGAAGAGAUUGAAACUCAAUUACCAAAGACAAUAUCUCAGUUAGUGGAAGCUGAAGAAGCGACAAAACAUAUUUUGGACAGUUUGAACGUCGAUCAGAAUCUCAGUAAUGUCCACUUUGCUUUGUCUUCGGCGCUAGAAAGACAAGAAAAGAGUUACCCUAAUUAUACCUCGUGUCUAACGAUAUCCGUAGAAGAUCUAAGGCAGAAUAUUGGAUCUUCAGCGGUAGCGAUUGCUAAUUUAAAGAAUCCAGUAGACGAACAGAUUGUAGAACAGGUUUCUUUACUAAAAGAAUGUCUGUUGAGUUUGCAGAGAUCUUUAUUGACCCAAGAACAUGAACCCGAAGAGGAGCAAAUUUUAAAAGAUCUAAUAAGGCCAAUCGAGAAAUUGAAGAGACUGGUUCAAACUAUGGUAAACACGGAUGCAAGAACAGACGUAAUUCUUCCAGUUUUGGAAUUACUCGAAGAAAUAGAGAAAGACACGCCAUUAAUUGCAAGGGAGGCAUCAAAAAAGAAAGCUAAAAGAGAAGCAGAAAAAUUAAUUCCGAAAAAGGAAGAACCAAAGAAACAGAAAGUUCAGUCGUUUGGUUUAGCAGAUAGGAUCUCUCGAUCCUUAUAUCCUAUGAAACAUUGGUUAUCAAAUACAUCUGAAGAAAGCACGAAGGAUGAAGAAGAAUCUGCUUUAAGUUCGACCGUCGACGAAUUGAAGAAAGACGUAAACAGAAUUGCUAUUGAAACAUCGUAUUCUGAACCUCCAAGUGACGAAAAUUUGAUAGAGGCUUUGGUAGAUCUUCGUGAACCUUUAACAAGGUUACGAAAUGCUAUAUCGAUGUACCACGAACCAACAGAUUUGACAACUUUGGAGGAAUUGGGCAGACCAAUGAAGUAUCUCCUGCAGACUAUCAUGGACAUUCUUAAAGACCACGCUGGAGAAGAAACACUUCGACCUAUAGUGGAUAUCGUGGAAGAAAUUGAAAAUCAGAUACCUAUUUCUAUCAAAGAGGCUCUUUACAGGAAAGAAUUGAAAGAAAUGGUACAAUCAAUGACUCAAGAGAAGAUGGUGGAAGCAACCACGUCUCAAGAAACCAUUCAAGAAGAGUCCAUUCCUCAGGAGACUAUUCUUCCAGAAAGAGAAGAAAUUACAGCACACGCCUCUGAAGAAACUAUUCCUGAAACAACUCUAAUGGAAAGCACAACGAAAUUGCUUGAAACACAGUUUACUGAAUCGAUAGUUGAACAGACUGCAGUCGAAGAAAGUUCUCAAAGAACAGAACAGUUAAUUACAACGAUAGAAGAAUUACCAAAGGAAAAGAAAGAUACGAAGAAAGCGAAGAAAGAAGAAGAAGCAAAGAGUUUGGUUGUUUCUUUGUCUAAAACGCUGGAGAGUGUUCAGAUAGAUAUAACAGGGAUUUUGGAAGAUUUCGAAGAACCUACAGCUGGAACUACCAUUGUUCCAGUUUCUAUAUUAGCCAAUUCUUUGGAAGAACUUAUGAAGACGAUUUCUGAGAUGAGACUGACAACUGGAACAUCGGUUCAUUCCUACGAAGAAAUAGUUAGUCAGACUGUAUCUGUGCUAAAGAACCUUCUCCAACCUUUGAACAAUCUUCAGAAAGUUCUCCAGCAGUCACAUCAGCAUGGUGCCCAAGAACUAUUAAUCUUGAAUCAUUUAAUUCAUCCUUUGAACGUGAUCGAAUCUGAAGUGAUCAAUAGUGCAAUUGAGAAGCUUGAUCAAAAUUCUGAUCUGAAGAAAAAUUGUGAACCUAUUUUGAAUCUUCUUAGAGAUAUCAAAGAUACGGUACCAAUCGUUGUGAAAGAUAUUCAUUCUAGGCAAGAGCUUCUUGGAUCUCUUCGUGAGAUUUCAAAACCUUUAGAAAAUAUCGAGGAAAAAAUGAAAAUUCUUGAAGCUCAAGCUGAUGUUACUCUGGAGACAGAUGUAGCCAGAAUUCUAGUCAAGCCUUUGGAUUAUUUAUUAAACACAGUAAACGUGACUUCGCAAGAGCUUGAGCUCUUAGAUCAGCGAAGAGAAAUAAUUAUUGAAUUUCGAACUCUUGUUGAACCUUUAGUGGAAUUUUUGAGCAGUCUUUCGGUCGUUCAAAGUAGCAGAAAAAGUUUAGUUCCAGAAUCAGCUUUGUUAGACGAAAGGCGAAGCGUUAUUUCAAAGGCAGUCGAAGGUUUACAAAGACAAACUUCAACUAUUUUAGAAAGAAUUUCUAAUUUAGAGGGAGCCACACUUUUUGAAGGUGCAUUGAGUUCAUUGAAGAAUGCUACAAUCUCUGUUCAACAACAAAUUGGUGGGACUGAUUAUUCAAGAAGAUCUAGCAACGAAUUUACUCUUCAAUAUAAUCUGUCGAGUUCGUUUAAUCAUUUGAAGAAUACAAUUGCAGUUUUGGAUAAGAAUGUGGAUAAAUCUGUUCACCAAGUGAUUUCGAAGUCGUUGGAAGCUUUAGAGAAGCAAAUAACGUUAUCAGAAACACAUUUCAUGCAAACGUUCACUGAGCAAGCGGUAGAUGAAGAAGCUAUCGUUGAAGGAUUUUUGUAUCCGACUAAUCAACUUCGAUCAGCUUUGAAUGUAUUAAAGGAAAAAAUUAAUCAAAAAUCGAUAUCUUCUGUUUCCGUCCAGACUGUGACUCUUCUUCAGGCUCUGGCUAAUUCUACGACGGAGUUGGCUUCCUCUUUGUCUCUUCAUCGGGCCAGGUUAAUAAGAGAACGAGCUUCUGAAGGUUCUUCGCUUGUCGAAACCUUGUCUGCUAUGGUGGAUGUUUUGGAGAGUGUAAACGAUUCUAUAAGAGAAAUAGAAAUGGUGGCGAAUGUAGAGAAAAUUAUGACAGAAGAGAAAGAAGAGAAUAUUUCGCCUGAUGUCCCUAUUACUAUUACACAGAUUGAAACUAUUGUGGAUGAGAUUAUUGAAGUUUCAAGGGAAGAAGUGGAAAGUGUGUUAACUAUUGAAAAAAUAUUACCUGAAGAAGAACGAUUGAAGAUAGAGGAAAUAAAAUCUGAAGAGAAAAUUCAAGAGCUUCGAGAACAGAAAACAGGAAAAGUUAAAGGUGCGGAACCAAUGAAGGAAGAAAAGGUCGAUACUUUCGAAACAAUGAAAGAGGAAUCAACAAAAGCGCGGGAAACAACUGAAGAGGAAAAAAUCAAAGUCCAAGUAAUGGGAAAAGAAAAAGUUGAAACCUUUGAAGGUGUGACAGAAGGAAAAGUUGAACUUCUUGAGGGGACAACUGAGGAGGAAGCUAAAGCUCUUGAGGUAACUGAAGAAGGAAAAAUCGAAGCUCUUCAAGUAAUGGGAAAAGAAAAAGUUGAAACCCUCGAAGGAGUGACAGAAGGAAAAGUUGAACUUCUUGAGGGGACAACUGGGGAGAAAGCUAAAGCUCUUGAGGUAACUGAAGAAGGAAAAAUCGAAACUCUUCAAGUAAUGGGAAAAGAAAAAGUUGAAACCCUCGAAGGAGUGACAGAAGGAAAAGUUGAACUUCUUGAGGGAACAACAGAAGAGAAAGCUAAAGCUCUUGAAAUAACUGAAGAAGGAAAAAUCGAAGCUCUUCAAGUAAUGGGAAAAGAAAAAGUUGAAACCCUCGAAGGAGUGACAGAAGGAAAAGUUGAACUUCUUGAGGGGACAACUGAGGAGAAAGCUAAAGCUCUUGAGGUAACUGAAGAAGGAAAAAUCGAAACUCUUCAAGUAAUGGGAAAAGAAAAAGUUGAAACCCUCGAAGGAGUGACAGAAGGAAAAGUUGAACUUCUUGAGGGGACAACUGAGGAGAAAGCUAGAGCUCUUGAGGUAACUGAAGAAGGAAAAAUCGAAGCUCUUCAAGUAAUGGGAAAAGAAAAAGUUGAAACCCUCGAAGGAGUGACAGAAGGAAAAGUUGAACUUCUUGAGGGGACAACUGAGGAGAAAGCUAAAGCUCUUGAGGUAACUGAAGAAGGAAAAAUCGAAACUCUUCAAGUAAUGGGAAAAGAAAAAGUUGAAACCCUCGAAGGAGUGACAGAAGGAAAAGUUGAACUUCUUGAGGGAACAACAGAAGAGAAAGCUAAAGCUCUUGAAGUAACUGAAGAAGGAAAAAUCGAAGCUCUUCAAGUAAUGGGAAAAGAAAAAGUUGAAACCCUCGAAGGAGUGACAGAAGGAAAAGUUGAACUUCUUGAGGGGACAACUGAGGAGAAAGCUAGAGCUCUUGAGGUAACUGAAGAAGGAAAAAUCGAAGCUCUUCAAGUAAUGGGAAAAGAAAAAGUUGAAACCCUCGAAGGAGUGACAGAAGGAAAAGUUGAACUUCUUGAGGGGACAACUGAGGAGAAAGCUAAAGCUCUUGAGGUAACUGAAGAAGGAAAAAUCGAAACUCUUCAAGUAAUGGGAAAAGAAAAAGUUGAAACCCUCGAAGGAGUGACAGAAGGAAAAGUUGAACUUCUUGAGGGAACAACAGAAGAGAAAGCUAAAGCUCUUGAAGUAACUGAAGAAGGAAAAAUCGAAGCUCUUCAAGUAAUGGGAAAAGAAAAAGUUGAAACCCUCGAAGGAGUGACAGAAGGAAAAGUUGAACUUCUUGAGGGGACAACUGAGGAGAAAGCUAAAGCUCUGGAAGUAACUGAAGAGGAGAAGAUCAAAGUUCUCCAAGUAAUGGGAAAAGAGAAAGUUGAAACCCUCGAAGGAGUGACAGAAGGAAAAGUUGAACUUCUUGAGGGAACAACAGAAGAGAAAGCUAAAGCUCUUGAAGUAACUGAAGAAGGAAAAAUCGAAGCUCUUCAAGUAAUGGGAAAAGAAAAAGUUGAAACCCUCGAAGGAGUGACAGAAGGAAAAGUUGAACUUCUUGAGGGGACAACUGAGGAGAAAGCUAAAGCUCUUGAGGUAACUGAAGAAGGAAAAAUCGAAACUCUUCAAGUAAUGGGAAAAGAAAAAGUUGAAACCCUCGAAGGAGUGACAGAAGGAAAAGUUGAACUUCUUGAGGGGACAACUGAGGAGAAAGCUAAAGCUCUGGAAGUAACUGAAGAGGAGAAGAUCAAAGUUCUCCAAGUAAUGGGAAAAGAGAAAGUUGAAACCUUCGAAGGAGUGACAGAAGGAAAAGUUGAACUUCUUGGGGGAACAACAGAAGAGAAAGCUAAAGCUCUUGAAGUAACUGAAGAAGGAAAAAUCGAAGCUCUUCAAGUAAUGGGAAAAGAAAAAGUUGAAACCCUCGAAGGAGUGACAGAAGGAAAAGUUGAACUUCUUGAGGGGACAACUGAGGAGAAAGCUAAAGCUCUGGAAGUAACUGAAGAGGAAAAGAUCAAAGUUCUCCAAGUAAUGGGAAAAGAAAAAGUUGAAACAUUUGAAGGUGUGGCAGAAGAAAAUUUCGAACUUCUUGAGGGGACAACUCAGGAGAAAGCUAAAGCUCUUGAGGUAACUGAAGAAGGAAAAACUAAAGCUCUGCAAGUAAUGGGAAAAGAAAAAGUUGAAACUCUGGAAGGAGUGACAGAAGGAAAAGUCGAACUUCUUGAGGCGGCAACAGAAGAGAAAGCUAAAGCUCUGGAAGUAACUGAAGAGGAGAAGAUCAAAGUUCUCCAAGUAAUGGGAAAAGAGAAAGUUGAAACCCUCAAAGGAGUGACAGAAGGAACAGUUGAACUUCUUGAGGAGACAACAGAAGAAAAAGCUAAAGCUCUUGAGGUAACUGAAGAGGGAAAAAUUAAAGCUCUGCAAGUAAUGGGAAAAGAAAAAGUUGAAACUCUGGAAGGAAUGACAGAAGGAAAAGUUGAACUUCUUGAGGAGACAACUGAGCAGAAAGCUAAAGCUCUUGAGGUAACUGAAGAAGGAAAAAUCGAAGCUCUCCAAGUAAUGGGAAAAGAAAAAGUUGAAACUUUUGAAGGGGUAAUAGAAGAAAAAGUCGAACUUCUUGAGGGGACAACAGAAGAGAAAGCGCAAGCUCUUGAAGUAACUGAAGCGGAGAAGAUCAAAAUUCUACAAGUAAUGGGAAAAGAAAAAGUUGAAACCUUUGAAGGGGUGACAGAGGAAAAAGUCGAACUUCUUGAGACGACAACAGAAGAGAAAGCUAAAGCUCUUGAAGUAACAGAAGAAGGAAAAGUCGACACUCUUCAAAUAAUGGGAACGGAAACACUUGAAUCUCCUCAUUUGCUAGAAGAAGAAGCUGAAGUUCUGAAAGAAAUGAAAGAAGAAGCAGUUAUGGCUCUUGAAGCAGCAGCUGUGUCUCCUGAAUUAGUAGAAGGGAGAAAAGUUGAAAGUAUGGAAGUAAUGAAAGUCGGAAGAGUCGAAUCGGUUGAAGGAAUGGAAGAAGAAAAAGCUGGAGAUCUUGAGACAACGAAAGGAGGAGAAUCAGUAGCAACAUACAAAUCAACAGAAGAAUUGUCGAAAGCAGAGGGAAGGGUUGAUGUGUUAUCCGAAGAGACAAAAGAAGAUGCUGACCAAGUAUUAUUUGAUAUAACAGAGAAACUCUCGAUAAAAGAAGAAAAAGUUGAAUCUUUGCCUCAGAUGACGGAGGACAUGCCAAAGGAUGUGGUAAAGGUAGAAGCUCCGCUUGACGAAACCGAAAAGUUGGUAGAAGAAGAAAAAGCAGAAAUUUUAGCAGCUGAAGUAGCACUGCCGGUUAAAACUGUGGACGAAAAAACAACAUCGUCUGAAAAAGUGGCUGUAACAGAAAUAUUAAAGGGAGCAUCUGGUGUUGAAGAAUCUGUGGAAGAAAUACACGCACAAACGAUAGAACCAGAACAAAAAAAAACAAGGACUGAAACAGCAGUCGAAAGAAUGGAGGAAGGAAAAAUUAAAAAAGAAGAAGUGGUAAGUCAAGAAAUAAAAAUAGAAGAAUCUGAAAAAUCAGAAGAAUUAAAACAAGAGCAUGAUGCUGAAGAGCAAGUGUUUGAAAAAGUAGAGGAUACGCUAAAAACAGAAAGAGUCGUAGAAGAAUCACCAGAGAAAACAAAAGAAUCAAACGAGGCAGAAAGACAAAGAGAGAUAAUGGAAGCUUUAAAACAAAUAGAAGACUUAGCAAAAGCAGAAGAAAAGGCAGAGGAGGAAAGAAAACAGGCAAAAAUCAAUCUGAUACAAAAGACAGGCUCGCUGAUCAAUGCUCUGCAACAACCUUUCAAAGAACUAACCAGUCUCGUGUCUGUAGCUCUAGACGAACCUCUUUCCUCAAGAUCGGAAGAAGAGAAACGAAGAAUUCGAGAAUUAACAGCCCUCAUACAAAUCCUUUACGACUUAAAAGCAACUGGCGUAUCGAUUCAAAACACAUUAUCUUCCUCUUCAAUCUCAGAACUUAAAACGCAAUUUGUCGGUCUGUUGGAAUCUUUAAUAAACGUAGAUCAAGCCACAGAAAAGAUUCUUCGUUUGACUCAAAAAGAGUUAACACCAGCACUGAAAGAAAACGUAAUGGUAUCCUUGCAAAUACUUUCAGAACCUCUAAAAUCUCUUCAACGUGAACUCUCUUCUAUCCAAGGAGCAACUUCUCAGCUUCCUACAGAUUGUAUUCCACUACGUGGAAACGCACAAAAUGUAAACGAAGCGAUUUCUGAACUCGUAAAGGUCAUUCAACAGACUGCUGAAACGAAGAGUAUGAAAGUGGUCGAAGAAAUCAAAGUGAUGGCGAAAACGAAAGAAGAAAAUUUGGAUAUCGAGGAAACCACAGCGAAACCUCUUCAAGAACUGAUAGAAGUCCUCAUGGUCUCUCAAGAACAAGUGAAACCAGAGGAUGCCUCGCCACUUGGUUCUGCUCCGCCUUCGAUAGAAUCAGCUGAGUUAAUCAAACAGCAAAAAUUAGAGACAGAUAUCGCGAAGAAGAUAGUCAGCCCAAUACAAAAUCUUCGUGAAGCUAUUGCUAAGAUCGAGGAAGAGAAAUUGGAAGAAACUGAACCAUUGGAUUUGCCUACGAAGACAGCUGCAAUUAUCUUGAGUACUAUUAUUUAUCCUUUGGAAAAAUUGAAACAAUCUUUGGAUAUCUCUUCUCAGCAACAAACUGUAGAACAUGAAGAAACUACGGAACAAACACAAUCAAACGUUCCAUCUUUGCAAUCGUUACCAGUAGCCAAUAUUCUAGAAGAACUGGAGAGAUCCAUCGCCACAAUUCAAGAAGAAAUGAUCCUCGAAGCGACUGAAGAAAUGAACAAAUCAGAGGAUAAGGCGUUAAUUGCGAAAGAAAUAGACAAAUCGCUAGAAGAUCUUAAAUUUUCAAUCGGUGCGGUACAAAAAAUAGUAACUUCUGGAACUGAAAGUGCAGGAACAUUUUCCAAUAUAGAAGAGAUACCAGCAGUCAAAACAUUCAUUGAAUCGGUGAAUGAAUUAGGAGAAAAAUGUACAGCGAUUGUCAGUUCUCCUCCAAUAAAGAUAGAAUCUCCAGAAAAAAUUCAAAAAGAAGAAUUGGAGCAAGUUUUAGAAAUGAUGAGUCAGCCUAUUCAACUCUUGCGUGAAACAGCUUCUGAGAUUGAAGAACAGAAGACUGAUGAGGUACGAGCUUUAGAUGAAACAAGCAAAAAUGUAGUAGAAGCUUUGAAACCUCUGGUGCAUCCUUUAGAAGAAUUGGAACAAUUAUUAUGCACAGCAAUUCAACAAAUUCGUCCAUCGAAAGAUGAAACGACUGAAGAAAUAAAGAGUACUACUUUACCUACGGAGCAAUUGAAGGUUAGUCCUGUAUUGGAAGAACUGCAGAAAUCAAUUGUUAUGAUAGAAGAACAGUUAGCUCUACAACCGAAAAAACUUGAUGUGUCCACUACAAAAGUGGAAGCUUCUGUUGCUGAAUUGAUAGAAAGUCCAUUAAAAACUCUGAAAUCUGCUGUGACAGCCAUUCAAACUCUUGAGGCGGAAGAAACCAAAGAAUUAACCAGUGAAGAGAAAACAACAGCCCUGAAAACACUUGCCAAGUGUGUGGAAAAGAUAGCAAAAGUGUCUUCGGAGAUUUCUAGUGAACAGAAAGUUGAAAUUAGUAUUUUGCAACAGCCACAAGUUGCUAAAAUAGAUAUACAAGAGUUUGGACAGCAAGCUCUGGAUAAUAUAGCAAGUCCAAUUCAAAUUUUACGUGAGACCAUUUCCAAACUUGACGAACAACAGACGCAAGAGACUGAAACUUUAAUUAUGCCAGAAACGAAAGAAAUCGCUGGUGUUUUACAUACCUUGGUCGAACCUUUGGAACAAUUAGAAAAGUCUUUGUCAGUGGCUGUUCAAGAGACGAGCAUCGUUAAAAAAGAAUCUACAUCAAACUUGGAAGAUGUCCAAUCCUCUAUGAAGUUGAAUGUCGGGCCUGUUUUAGAGCAGUUAGAAAAGUCUAUUGCUGUAAUUCAAGAACAAGUUUCUUUGGAACCUACUAAAGAAGAAUCGGAAGAUAAAUUGGUAGGUUCUGUCGCGAAGACUAUAGAAGAACCCUUGGAACAUUUGAAAUCUUCGGCAGCAGCUAUCAAGGAGAUAAUAUUGGAGACUGAACAAACGAGUAAUUUAUCAGACGAGGACCAAACUUCAAUCCUAAAAUCGUUCGCAAAAUCUGUGGAAGAAAUCGGUGAAAAGUGUUUAGCAGUAAUUUCCCAGCAACAGAUUGGCAUACAGCUAGUCCCCAAAAAAAUAAAAGAGUCUCAAGUGGAGAUACUAGACAUGGCUGUCAGUCCUCUUCAACUAUUUAGGGAAACUAUUAUGAAAAUCGAAGAAGAAAAAUUGCAACAUGUGGAAGCUCUCGAUUCUUCUAAAAUGGCUGCAUCAGAAAGUGCUUUGAAGAUCCUGGUAGAACCACUACAAAGAUUAGAAACUUCGCUAUCUUCCACUGUUCAACAGGCAAUCUCGGUGGAACUCAACAAAAUUGAGGAAAUUUCUCAAGCAGCUCCACCUUUGCAAAAAUUGGAUAUUCAACCUAUCGUGGAAGAACUUCAGAAAUGCGUAGCAUCGGUACAAGAACAAGUAAAAUUGCAAACAGUGGCAGAGCACUCCAUUGAGGAGACUACUAUCAUGCAAGCCACAGAAAAAUCGCUGGAAGACUUGAAUUCUUCUCUCGCGAUCAUUCAGAGUGUGGUAUCCACUGAACCAGGCGUGGAAGAAACACUGUCGGAGACAGAGAAGGUGACAGCGCUGCAACACUUCGCCAAAUCGGUGCAAGAACUAGAAGAAUGCUUGGCUAUGGUCAGUCAGCAUCAAGUGGACGCGAAGGAGACAGUGAUGGAGUCGAUGGAAACUGAAAAACUGGAGGCACGAGUUCUCGAGACGAUUAUCGUGCCGAUUCACACGCUGCGCGAGACUAUUAUGAAGAUACAGGAAGAGAGCACUGAAGAAAUUGGCACGUUGGAAUUACAAAAAGAGAAUGUGCAAACGUUGACUCCUUUGAUGCAUCCUCUACAACAGUUAGAAAGAUCUUUGGUGAACGUGGUUCAACAAGCAAGUGACCAGAAACUUGAAUCCGUGGAACAAAUUCAAAAAGAAACUCCACAGACUGUUGUCCUUCGACCAAUUUUCCAAGAAUUAAAAGAAAGCAUUGUUAAUAUUCAAGAACAGUUAGCUACGAGCCUCGAAGAAUCUUCAAAAUUGGAGACUGUGAAGGAUAUAAAUGAAGCACUUCAAGAACUAGAAACAGCUACUGUUGCUGUUCAACAAGUAAUCACGCUUUCUUCGGAAGGAACUGAAGAAAUAAAGACUCAGAAGAAAUCUGCCUUGGAAGCUUUUGCUAAAUCGAUAGAGCAGUUAGAAGAAAGAUGUUCGGCAGUGAUAAGUCAGAAGAAAGUAGAAAAGAAGUUGGAAGAAGCUGAGAAGCAACAGGCAAAGAUGGUGGAUGUUGAAAUUCUUCAGAAGAUAAGUAAUACGGUUCAUGUUCUACGCGAGUCGCUUUCUCACAUUGAAGAAGAGAAAAUGCAGCAGGUAGAAGAAUUGAAAAUACCUAAAGAGGAAACUAAUGUGAAAUUAAACGUUCUUAUAGAACCAUUGAAUAUAUUGGAAGAAGCUUUACAGACUGCAUUGCUAGAAGGUAAAGUGCUAGAAGAAGAGACUACAGAAGAGUUGAAGAAGAGUGAAAUUCCUGUUGAUAAAUUGAAUUUGCAACCUGUAUUGGAAGAAUUACAGAAAUCUAUAAUUACUAUUCAACAGCAAACGAGUGAAACCGCGUCAAUUUCAGGAGAAGUUAGUGAAGUUAGCAUGAUGCUAGCAGCAGAGAAGUCUUUAGAACAGAUGAAAUUGUCUGUGGCAGCUGUUCAGGAAAUAACAAUUGCUCAGCAAGAUCAAACAAAAGAAUUGAGGACAGGUGAAGAAAAGUCUCGAUUGGAAGCUUUUGCACGAUCGAUAGAAGAAACUGGAGAAAAACUGUUAGCUGCAGUCAAACAAUACGAAGUGAAGAAAUCUGAAGAACUUCCAGCGAAGAACAAAGUGGUCGAAGAUUUUGUAAAAACUGUCAUUGAACCUAUUAACGAACUACAAACUACAAUUUUGAAUAUAGACAAAGAAAGUGAAUUAUUGGGGAAGAAGAAAGAACAAGAAGUUGUACUCUUCUUGAGCAUGGUGCAACCAUUGCAGAAACUCGAAGAAUCGUUCUUAUUAGCCAUGCAGCAAGAAGCAGUAACAAAAUACGAAACUGUCAAAGAAAUUUCUCAAGCAAUUCCAGCUUUACAAGAAUUACCAGUUAAAUUGACAUUAGAAGAACUUAACAAAAACGUGGCAGAAAUUCAGAAGCAAUUGGUUUUUGCCAAGGAAACUUUAAGUUUAACAGGAGACGCAGAAGACAUUGCUGUAAUAAAAAAUCUAGAAAGAUCAUUAAGUGAUUUAAGAACGUCCGUAGCUGUGGUGCAACAGCUGAAAACGAUAGAAAAACCUGGCGAACAAAUUCUAGACGUUGAAAACGCGUCUACGUUGCAAGCAUUUGGAAAAGCUGUGGAAGAGUUCAGAAAACAAUGUUCUGUGGCUAUCUCAAAACCAAAAGUGAUUGCUACAAUUAUAGGAACGAUUCAAUUAGAGACACCACAGAAACUUGAAGCUCAAGUUUCAGAAACAGUUACUGUUCCUGCCAAGUUAUUACAAGAAUCCAUUUCGACUAUAGCAGAGAUUAAGCUUCAAGAAGCUGAAAUAUUGGAAACAUCGGAUACGAAGAAACCUAUGACGAUAUUAACCGAACUUAUCCCACCGUUGCAACGAUUAGAACAAUGUUUCGUUGCUGCGAUUCAAGGAGAACAUGUGAUAGAGCACGAUACGAAGAGUUUAGAAACUGAUAAAGUAUCAUUUGAAAAGACGACUUUAAAACCAAUACUCGAAGAGUUCCAGAAAUCAAUCGCAGUGAUUGAGGAGCAUAUGAUGGUAGAAGAGGGCAUGCAAAGUAUGUCAGAGGCUGAAAAUGCUUCUCAAUUGAAAACGAUGGCACAGACGUUGACAGACUUAAAAACUUCUGUGGCUGCUAUUCAACAAGCCGUUGAAGUUGCUCCAGAAUUUUCAAAAGAACUCCCUAAAACUGAAAGUGUCGCAGCGUUUGAAACAUUUGCGAAGACUCUUCACGAUCUGGUAGAACGUGCAGCUACUAUCGAUCAACAACAGAUAAUUAUCGAACCAGCAGCAGAUACUAUCUCAGAAGAAGCCUCAUCUUUGAAGACUUGGGCGGAUGUUGUUGAAGAAGCAAAUGUUCAAGUUACAGAACCAAUAAUUGUGGAUCAAGGUACCGUGGAAUCGCCUUCAGAAAUGGCUCUUUCAAUUUCUGAAGAAGAUACACAAACUUUGAAGAGUUUGGCUAAGCCGCUCAGUGAAUUGAAAGAGUGUUUGGCGAUAAUUGUCGAAGAAAGAAAAUCAAUGGACGCGAAUGAGAUUGCUCUGACAUUAUCCGAAAAAGAGGACAUUUCUUUAUUGAAGGCUAUGGCACAGCCUUUGUUAGAACUGAAGAACGUAGCUGUGUCUGUUAUUAACGAGCAAACAGCCAUUGAAUCUACGAAAGAGAAAUCUUUUGAUAGUGGGGAAAAGCCAGAAAUCACACUAAAUCCAUUAAUUGAACCUUUAGAAGAACUUUGCAAUUCGAUUGCAUUAAUCGAAGAUCGUAUGUUGGUUGAAUCUGUGGAAGAUCGACCAGUCGAUGAGGUGUCUUUGUUAUCUGCUUUAGCCGAGCCCUUGAUAACUCUGCACCGAAGCAUUUCUGUACUUGAAGAACGAGUAAUGUCUCCUGAAGUGGAACCAAUGCCAGAAGAAUCGAGUCAUUGGAUCACAGAAUGUUUGGCGGUUCCUUUGCAAGAAAUAGAAAAAUCUAUUGCUGAGAUUCGAGAGUGCGUUGUGAUGGAACCUGAGCCUGGACUUGCUGAAGAGAUGUCGAGGAUCGAUACACCAGAUUGGUCUGUCGUUGAGAAAUUGGUGCAACCGGUGGAAGUUAUAAAAUCGACAAUCAUUGAAAUGGAAGAAAAUAUUAUUAAAACUAUGAAAGCUGAGAAGGAAAGUGAAUACGAGGUAGUGAAGAUAUUGGUACAACCAUUAGCUGACGUGCAAGAAAGCUUCUUAGUGCUGAAAAAUAAGACAGAUAUGAGUAUAGAAGAAGAAGAAGCUAGUAUCGAUGCUAUUGUGGAUUCAUUAGCUAAUCUUGAGAAGAGUAUAUCGUUUAUCGAAGAACAAGCUGCUGAAAAAUUACAAUUAGCCUCAAAUAUAACAGAAACUAUAAUUGGAUACUUGGCUGAACCUCUGUUGCAACUGAAAGAGAAGAUUAUGACAGUGGAAGAAUCUUCGACUGUAUAUCUUGAAAACUUGGAGAAACCAUUGAAAGGAUUACAAGCUGCUUUGGAAGCUGUCCUGUCUGAUCAACGCGAGGAAGUGCGAAAGCAUAAGAAAGAGAGUGCUAUUUCUAUGGAAGAAGCUACGAGAAUAUCGACGAAAUUGAUUCACUCUAUCAAAGAAGUAAACGAUUCUAUUGAGUCGAUUGAUAAUAAGAUAGAAAGUUAUAAAGGUUUGCUAGGUCUAGAGAUUCAGAUUGAGAAGGAAGCUUUGAAUAUGUUGGCUAAGCCACUUGAACAACUUAAGCAGGGAAUUCAAAGUGUUUUAGAUAAACAAGAGAUUGGAGAAGGGCCGAUGGAAUCAUUGAAAAUGCUUCGCAAGGCAAUUGCGAUUGUUAGAGAGCAAUCUGCUGAUAAACCUAUAGCUGAACCAUCGCAUUUGGAGAUUACAGAAAUUUCUGGGGUGUUAAAAACCUUGAACGUAAGUUUGUAUGAGCUGGAAGAUUCUACCAAGAAGGCUGAAGCACUGUGGAAGGAUAGUUUAAGCGGAGAAGGGCUUGUGGAGCUCGAAACGCCUAUUUUGAAUUUGAUGAAUGAUAUAAACUUGCUUCGAGAUAAAUUAUUGAAUGUACAGGUAGUGUGGGAGAAGGAUAAAGAGAAAAAGAAAAGUAAGAAGGAAGAGAAAGAAGAAGUCGAAGAAGAAAUGAAAAUAGUGGACAAGGACGAGGAUGAACUUAAGAAGGAAGAGGAAGUUGACAAACAGAAACAUAAGGAGGAAGAAAGGAAGCAGGAAGAAGAACAACAGUUGAGAGAAGAGGAGGAAAAGAAGAAAAAGGAAGAAACUGAGAAACUGAAGCAGGAGGAAGAGGAACGUAAGAAAAAGGAAGAAACUGAAAAACUGAAGCUGGAGGAAGAGGAACGUAAGAAAAAGGAAGAAACUGAAAAACUGAAGCAGGAGGAAGAGGAACGUAAGAAAAAGGAAGAAACUGAAAAACUGAAGCAGGAGGAAGAGGAACGUAAGAAAAAGGAAGAAACUGAAAAACUGAAGCAGGAGGAAGAGGAACGUAAGAAAAAGGAAGAAGCUGAGAUAAUGAAACAAAAAGAGGAGGAACGCAAGCAGAAAGAAGCUGAGAAAUUACAAGAAGAAGAACGUAAGAAACAAGAAGCAGAGAAAUCAAAACUUGAAGAGGAACAUAAAAGGCAGGAAGAAGCUGAAAAAUUGAAACAAGAAGAAGAGCUAAAGAAGAAACAAGAAGAAGAAGAACGUAAAAGGAAAGAAGAGGAAGAAAGACUGAAGCAAGAAGAAGAAUAUAGAAAGAAGGAAGAACAGGAAAGAUUAAUACGCGAGGAAGAAGAUCGCAGGAAAACAGAAGAGGAAGAAAAAUUGAAACACGAAGAAGAAGGCCGAAAAAAGAAAGAGGAAGCUGAGAAACUAAAACAAGAAAAUGAACGCAAAAAACAAGAGGAGGAAGAGAAAAUAAAACGAGAAGAAGAAGACCACAAGAAACAAGAAGCUGAAAACCUACGACGCGAAGAAGAGGAACAUAAAAAGCAAGAGAUGGAAAAAAUAAGACUUCAGGAAGAGGAAGAGCGUAAAAAGAAAGAAGAAGCUGAAAAAUUAAAGCAGGAAGAGGAACGUAAAAAGAAAGAAGAAGCUGAAAAACUGAAGCAGGAGGAAGAGCGUAAAAAGAAAGAAGAGGCUGAAAAAUUGAAGCAGGAAGAGGAACGUAAAAAGAAUGAAGAGGCUGAGAAAUUACAGCAAGAAGAGGAACGUAAAAAGAAAGAAGAGACUGAGAAAUUAAAGCAGGAAGAAGAGCGUAAAAAGAAAGAAGAAGCUGAAAAACUGAAGCAGGAGGAAGAGCGUAAAAAGAAAGAAGAGGCUGAGAAAUUAAAGCAAGAGGAAGAGCGUAAACAGAAAGAGGAGGCUGAGAAAUUAAAGCAAGAGGAAGAGCGUAAAAAGAAAGAAGAGGCUGAGAAAUUAAAGCAAGAAGAGGAACGUAAAAAGAAAGAAGAGGCUGAGAAAUUAAAGCAAGAAGAGGAACGUAAAAAGAAAGAAGAGGCUGAGAAAUUAAAGCAGGAAGAAGAGCGUAAAAAGAAAGAAGAGGCUGAAAAACUAAAACAAGAGGAAGAGCGUAAAAAGAAAAAAGAGGCUGAGAAACUAAAACAAGAGGAAGAGCGUAAAAAGAAGGAGGAGGCUGAAAAACUAAAGCAAGAGGAAGAGCGCAAAAAGAAGGAGGAGGCUGAAAAACUAAAGCAAGAGGAAGAGCGCAAAAAGAAAGAAGAGGCUGAAAAACUACAGCAAGAGGAAGAGCGUAAAAAGCAAGAGGAAGAGCGUAAAAAGAAAGAGGAGGCUGAGAAAUUAAAACAAGAAGAGGAACGUAAAAAGAAAGAAGAGGCUGAGAAACUAAAACAAGAGGAAGAGCGUAAAAAGAAAGAGGAGGCUGAGAAAUUAAAGCAAGAAGAGGAACGUAAGAAGAAAGAAGAGGCUGAGAAACUAAAACAAGAGGAAGAGCGUAAAAAGAAAGAGGAGGCUGAAAAACUAAAGCAAGAGGAAGAGCGCAAAGAGAAAGAAGAGGCUGAGAAACUAAAACAAGAGGAAGAGCGUAAAAAGAAAGAAGAGGCUGAGAAACUAAAACAAGAGGAAGAGCGUAAAAAGAAAGAGGAGGCUGAGAAAUUAAAGCAAGAAGAGGAACGUAAAAAGAAAGAAGAGGCUGAGAAACUGAAACAAGAGGAAGAGCGUAAAAAGAAAGAGGAGGCUGAAAAACUAAAGCAAGAGGAAGAGCGCAAAAGGAAAGAAGAGGCUGAAAAACUAAAACUAGAGGAAGAGUGUAAAGAGAAAGAAAAGGCUGAGAAAUUAAAACAAGAAGAGGAACGUAAAAAGAAAGAAGCACAAAAAUUAAAGGAGGAAAAGAAGCGUAAAAAGAAGGAAGAAACUGAGAAACUAAAACAAGAAGAAGAACGUAAGAAACAAGAAGCUGAACAAUUAAAACAGGAUACAGAUCGUAAGAUAGAAGAGGCUGAGAUAUUAAAACAGGAGGAAGAACAUAAGAAGAAAGAAGAAGUUGAAAAAUUAAAGGAAGGGGAAGUGCAUAAGAAAGAGGAAGGAGCAGAAAAAUUAAAAGAGGACAAGAAACGUAAAAAGAAAGAAGAAACUAAAAAAUUAAAUCAGGAGGAGGAACGUAAGAAGAAGGAAGAAGCUGAAAAAUUAAAACAAGAAGAAGAGCGUAAGAAACAAGAAGCUGAGAAAUUAAAACAAGAGGAAGAUCUUAAGAAGGAGAAGGAAGAAAAACGUAGAAAAGAAGAACAAGCUGAAAGGUUAAGACAGGAAAAAGAACAGCAGGAGAAAGAGGAGGCUGAGAGAAAGAAACAAGAGGAAGAUGCACAUAGAAAGAAAGUGGAAGAAGAACAAAAGAUUGAAUCGGAGGCAUUGGAGCAAAAAGAAGAAAAGUUACGUAAAAGGAUAGAAAAACGAAGAUCACAACAGGCGGAAGAUGAGCGCAAAGAACGGGAGGAAGCAGAAAAACGGAAGAAGGAGCAGGAGCAGAGAAAACGCGAAAGGGAAGAGCGUGCGAAGAAAGAGGAAGAGGAAAGGCUCAAACAUGAAGAAGAGGAGCGCAAAAGGAAAGAAGAAAGGGCGAAAUUGAAAAAGGAAGAAGAAGAACGUAGGAAAGCUGAAAAAGCAGAAAAAUUAAAGAAAGAACUGGAACGAGAAGACCAGAGACGAGAAGAAAUCAGGCGUCGAAGAGAAGAACAAGAGAAACAGAUAAGACAAGAAGCCGAGAAAGUUAGGAAAGCUGAAGAAGAACGGUUAAGAAAAGAAGACGAAACGCGCGAACGUAGAAGAAGGGAACGUGAACAAAGAAGACAGGAAGAGGAAGCGAAAUUACGCAAGGAAGAAGAAGAAAGACUUCAAAGAGAAGAAGAACGCAGGAGAAAGAGAAAAGAAGCUGAAAGACAAUGGAACGAAGAUAAAGAAUCUAUGAGGAGGAGGGAAACUGAACGUUUGGAAAGAAGAAGAGCUGAAGAGCGUCAGAAUAGAGAAGAAUCUGAACGUUCGAGGCGGGAAGACGAAGAAAGAAGAUGCAGAAGGGAAACAGAAAGGCAAUUAAGAAGAGAAGAAGCAGCGCGAGAAAUGAAGGAAGAAGAAGAACGCGUAAGAAGACGACAGGAAGAAGAAGCAUCCAGGCUUCGUAGACGAAGACAAGAACAACUAAGAGACGAUACUUGGUCCAAAAUAAGACAAAGCGAAUCGGAUCAAUUAUUUAGAAAAAUGGCGGAUGACGCGCUUCGAAUUGGAAGAAUGAAAGCUGGUUCUUCUGACGUGGAAUUUUGGCGGGACAGACGAGACAAAUCUUAUCGACACGACUCUGGUUUUGAUUCGGGGCUCUCUAGCACUUCUAGAUCGUACAGCUGGAGAGAUUCCCUGACAUCUUUGACCAGGAAGAGAAUCGAUGAUUUUCUUGAUUAUAAACUGAGGGAUACUCCGAUCGAUAGAUACUACUACGAUACUGGGACGUACUACAGAAGAAGAAGAAAAAGGGACGAUCAAAUUACUCGAACAAGAUCUAUUAGUUUGUUGAAGUACGAUGACUAUUCGACGGGUGAUAGCGAUACGACUAUUACAGCUGCUACUGUUAGCAAACCACCGAGAUACACUAGUAGAACAAAGACUAGUUCACGAAUUGAUUUAGACGAUCGUGGUUCGAAUUUGUCUAUAUAUUUGCCACCUAUCAAGGACGAGCUUACGCCGCGUGACAAGGGAAAGAAGCCAUCGUUCUGCACACGAUUGACGAAUAGAACCGUAGGAGUUGGUAUGAGAACGAGAUUAACCUGCACCGUACUUGGACACCCGGAACCAAGAGUUUACUGGACAAAAGAUGGCGAGAAGCUUGACAUAACUACGAACAAAUAUAAAACUCGAUUCGAUAAUGGUAUGGCUUAUUUUGAAUUGCACGAAGCACUCCCUGAAGAUUCCGGAUUGUAUACCUGUGUUGCCGAAAAUAUUCACGGAAUCGCGACCACCGAAUCCACAUUAAAAGUUUAUCCCGAUUUCCAACCAGCAUUGUCACCCCCCACUUUUACAAGAUCCAUCAAAGACACUUAUCGACCAUCUGACAAUGAGUUGAUCCUGGAAUGUCGAGUUCGUGGCCAUCCAAUACCGAUCAUCUCCUGGUUGAAAGACGGUUGCAUUCUUCAAGGCGAUCGAUUCAGACAAUGUUAUUUAGACGACGGUAUCUACCGGUUGGAAAUUGCUGCACCCAAUUCGACGGACAGCGGUCGAUAUACCUGCAGAGCAAUGAACGAUCUACGAACCGAAGAGAUAUCGCAUGUCGUUCAAUUCAACGAACGAGAACGACGAAUCGUGGGCAAACACGAAAAAUCGUUCGACGACUACUUCAACAUCGAAACUUACAAGAGACCGCGAUUUUCUAGCUAUUUGAGCGAUUACAGCGUUCCCAAAGGCGGUACUAUUGCUUUGCAAGUCGAAGUCAAAGGUGUUCCGGCACCGGAGGUAAGAUGGUUCCGAGGCGAAAGGCGAGAGCCGGUCUCGAUCCCGAAAGCGAAGACGUUCAUAGAAUCUGGUGUUCACACGUUGGUUUUACCGGAAGUCACUGAAUCAGAAAGGGGCACGUACAUUUGCAGAGCUAUUAACGCUUAUGGCCACGUAGACAGUAUCGCUACUGUAGAUGUAAUAUCACCUAGCGCCAUGGAUGGUGAAAAGCCAGCCAUGUUCGUUUCCAGACCCUCGGAAAAAUCGAUUACAGUUACUGCUGGAGAGGACGUCAGUGUUUCCUUUAGGUUCUGUGGAGUACCUAAACCUCGUGUUACGUGGAUGAAGGGAUUAAAAGACAUCACGGACGGUCCUCGAUCUUACAAAGAAACUAUCGACGAUUACGUGAGACUAACACUGAAGAGAGUGGUACCUUCGGACGAAGGCACGUACUGCAUUUUGCUUAAGAACAGAUACGGUUGUGACAGAAGUUUCUUUUCGAUCAAGGUAAAACAACGGGCAAGAUCUCUGACACCUGACUGGAGCACUUUGAGCAGUCGUACCGAGACCGGAAGUUGCAUUGGUCUGUCCAGCGAGAGUCGCGACGAAGAUCUGCCCUACGUGAAAAAUGUUCCAGGACCAAUUACGAGCGAACCGGUGGUGGUUGACGGAGGAAAGAACUGGUUGUCUUUGAGUUGGGGAAAAGCAGAAAGGAGAGGACCAGCGCCUGUCAUCGCAUACAAAGUCGACGCUUGGUUGCUGGGCAGUGACGGUGGUGCACGAUGGGUCGAGCUGGGUAUGACACCAAUCAACGCGUUCGACGCGUUCAAUCUGAAACCCGGUGGCGAGUACAAGUUCCAAGUAACGCCAAGGAACCGUUAUGGAUGGGGCGAGUCCGUUACUAUGACGAAUUCCGUCAAGGUCAGCGAAAUCGUCGAUCUUCCGGAGUUCACGAAGAUUUUGCCAGGUCAGCUCAAAGUGCUCGAGGGGGCCACAGUCAAAUUGGAAUGCGAGAUACGGGCUGAUUCGAAGGUAGACAUAAAAUGGUACCACGAAUCGAUGGAAAUUGAUCCCAACGGUGACUCUAGAUUGUCGAUUUAUCACAGUGCAACCAGGUGUUGUUUGACGAUUGAAAAUGUUCAGGAAAUCGACAGUGGCAGAUACGUUUGCGAGGCGGGUAAUUCGAUUGGAAAGGUUUCAUCGUUUGCUAGGGUACUCGUUGUUAAUGAUCCGAAGAUCAUUGAGGCUGAUGAGAAACUUAGAUCGAGAGGCUUGGGAGACGAAACGGAAGACAGACCACCGCAAUUCACAAUGAGAGUUCGAGAUAGAAGAGUCCAAGCAUCCUUUCCAGUUAGACUCACGUGUCAAGUGACAGGAUAUCCGGCUCCAGAAGUCACAUGGUAUAAGGAUGCCGAAGAGAUUCGACAAGAUGAACGUCACGUAUUCUGGAACAAUGAUUCGAACUUCCACACCCUGGAGAUUAUUCACUCCAUGCUGGAAGAUUCCGGCUGUUACAUGGUUAUGGCGAAGAACGCGAGUGGUUCGGUGUCUUGCCGAUGUAUCCUGGUAGUAGACAAAGGAAUUCGCGCUUACAUUGCUCCAGAAUUCCUGUGUGGCCUUGACGCUGUUUAUACCGUGAAACUAGGCGGAGAUCUGCGAAUGACAGCUCAAAUAGAAGCUUAUCCCAGUGUUGGCAUCGUAUGGCAUCGCGACGGAAUUCGUUUACGUCCAAGCAGAAGAGCAGUAAUGACCUUGAACCACGAUGGUACCAUCGAGCUGUGCUUGGCCAAGGUCACUCAAAGGGAUGCUGGCGUUUAUUGUUGUACAGCUACAAACGAGGUUGGCUUUGCCGAGACUUCAACAAGAGUAUCCAUUAUUGGCACUGAAACGCAGGAUGACGAGACGUCCGUUGAAGGAGUGCCAACUGUAACGAUCGUGUCCACGCCAGACAUACCAUACUCGAAGGAACCUCUUUUCGUCACGAAACCACUGUCUACCGAGGCGAUUGAAGGCGACAAUGUUAUUAUAUCCUGUGAGGUGGUGGGUGAUCCGAAACCGGAAGUGAUGUGGCUGCGUGAUUUUCUCAGGCCUGAUUACUACAGGGACGCAGCCCACUUCCGGCUGGUCGGCGAAGGACCUCAGUAUCGACUGGAGAUACCGUACGCGAAACUCGACUUUACGGGAACGUAUUCCGUAAUAGCGCGGAACUGCCAUGGGGAGGCCAAAGCCGUGAUUUCUUUGCAGAUCUACGCGAAAGGUCAAGGCAAAGAGGAGAAAAUGAAGAAAUCAGGGGUCACACACGGAAAGGUGCUGACUUUGCCGAUAGUUACGAGGGAGCUGCGAGAUCUGAGAUGUUGCGACGGCGAUGCUGUUACCCUUGAAUGCAAAGUACACGCUACUCCCGAGGCGCCAUUGGUGCGUUGGGAACGUGGAGGAAAGAUUCUACAAAUGGGUGGCGAUUUCUCCGCUGACUUUGAUGGAGAAACCGCGCGUCUGUGCAUCCAACAUGUUUAUCCGGAAGACGAGGGCGAAUAUACAUGCGUGGCAUAUAACGACCUUGGAAAAGCAUUCACGUCAGCCUGCCUAAUAGUGGAUGUGCCUGAAGGGAAAGAGAAUGUUUUGAGCCAAAGAUUGACGAGGCCCGCAGGACUUCUAUCGGCCGGAUCGACGCCAAGAUCGACGCCACGCUCGACACCGAUCAGGAGUUUGUCUCCUGCAGUUUCGCAUGGUCGAGAAUUAAGGUCUCCUCAGCUUCUUCCACGAAGUAGGUCGAUGUCAAGACGGCCAAAGAUCAGUCCACCGAAAUUUUACGCAGUUCCGCACAAUCGCGUGGUCGAGGAGGGGGAAACCGUGCGAUUCCAAUGUGCUGUAGUUGGCCACCCGUCACCAUGGGUAAAAUGGGACAAAAAUGGCAUAAUCGUCACGCCGACUGCUAGAAUUUCGAUAAAGGAAAGAGACGACGUAAAGAUAUUGGAAAUCGUCGAAGUGACCCAAGAAGACGCAGGACUGUACAGAGUGAUCGUGGAGAAUGAUUAUGGUCGUAUCGAAGCCAGUGCCCGCCUGGAAAUAAUUAAUCGUCAAUUACUUGGGUCGGUUGCCAGAACAAUCAGAACUAGGAGCGCAUCGCCUAGAACGUAUCCAUCUUUUAGCCGAAGUCUCUUAGACACGACCAGCAGAAUAAACGGAAGAUUAUAUCUCGACUGCGGUAUUAGAGGAACGCCUAGUCUAACACCAACGUGGUUCAGAAAUGGACGCCCGUUGGAACGAUCGAUUCGAGUAAAAAGGUACUUCGACGGGACAACUGCGAAAGUCGAAAUUUUGAAAGUGAAAGCGAGCGACGCGGGUGAGUACACCUGCGUGGCAAAGAACGUCCUUGGUUCUACAAAGAAUUCUUGUCAGGUGACCGUUCUUGAUUCUCAUAAUCCGUCUACGUGCGACAAAGAUCCACCGAAAUUCUUACAGUCUCUUCCAGAAGAAUCGAUCGUCAUGGAAGGUCACUGUUACGAGCUACAGACGAGACUUGCGGGUACACCGCCUUUUUCGGUGACUUGGUUAAAGGACAGUCGUGAGAUACCUGACAACGAUUAUCAUAAAUACGUCAUAUAUGGUGACGGUGGCGUCGCACUAAGAUUGUCCAAUGUUUGUCCACAAGAUGCUGGCGAGUAUACUUGUCUCGUUCGCAAUAAUUUCGGAGAGGUGUCUAGCAACGGCUUGUUUGCUGUUCAAGAUUACAAAGGUGUUCCGAAAUUGGCGCCGAAGUUCACGAAAACUCCUGUGUCGGUCAUUACACCGAAAGGUGAGACUGCCUGUUUCUGUGCUCGGGUGCAAUGUGGAAAACCCAUGGAAAUCACGUGGACGAUCAAUGGAAAGGACAUCAGAGAAAAUUCAAGGUGCAAGGUUGAAAGAGAUGAUAACGUUAGCAUUCUUAGGAUACACGAUGUACAGCCGCGAGAUAUCGGUGAGAUUCGAUGCAUCGCAUCCGUGACUGGUAAAGGACCGUCGAUUAGUUGCACAGCAGAACUACGAUUGCAGCGAACGGUACAGAAUUUUGAAGAAUCGAGACGUCACGAUACGCUGGAAAUGAACAACGAAAAGCCACCAAAGGCUGUUAACUGUAGCCGUAACAAUCCUCUGCGAAAGACAAGAAGAGACGUUCCCUCUUCCCCUAGAAAUCAAUUACACGAGUCUCCUAUGCGAAUCAGAUCAUCCUCGUUGCCUCUCAGAUCUACUUCAGGUCCUAAACAACUGUCUCCUGCACCCGCGAGAAAGAAUAUUCUUCAAAGUCCGUUACUCGAUACCAGGAAAACACUGGCGACUAACAAAACGAAUAAAAGGAAAGUUCGCGGCUCGAAAAAGUUGGAACGUAAAGUUACUCAACAAGUGCGCUACAAAUCGAGUGAACACAGGAUUUCGUCGUCUUCAGACGAGGAAGAAACAAAGGAUAUUUGUAAAGAAAAAUCUCCUGGAGUUUCGAACGAAAAGAUAUCAAAAUUAGUUGAAAACAAAGAAGAAUGUAUAGCGAGUUCAACGGAGGUUUCUGAUCCGUGUAAGACUGGUAACAAUGCGAAACAAAUUCAAGAUAACUAUAAUAAACACGAUAAUACACCUAUAAUAUGCAUGGAAAGCGCUCUGCAAGAGUUGGAGGAGGAUUCGAUUGUAAGGAAGGAAGAAAUCGUGACGAAAGAGGAGGAGAAAGUUGCUAUUAGAUCGGAGGAAUUCGCGGCUGCCAGUAUCGUAAAGGUACCAGCUGACGUCACGGUUUUCCGAGGAAACAGAGUAGUCCUCAGGGUCACGUAUCGAGGUCAUCCGGAACCAGUCGUCAAGUGGCUUCGAGCAGGUCGAGAGUUGACUGCAAACAAAAAGACUGCUAUUACCUACGGCGGUGGAGUGUCUUGCUUAAUAUCGGACGAUGUUACCGCCGAUAAUGCCGGGAAAUACGAAGUGUCCGUGGAAAAUAAACUGGGAAAGGACCGACGGUGUUUCAGCGUUGCUGUUGAAGGUCCACCAGACCCGCCUGCGAGUGUGCCAAACAUAUGCUGUUCUACAGGGGCAACGACCAUUAAUUGGCGAUCGUCUCCCUACGACGGUGGUUGCACGGUUACCGGUUAUACCGUGGAAAUGAACCGUGCCGAUGAAAACACUUGGAUGACGAUCGCAGAAUCCUGUCUUUCGUUGAGUCUCACGCUACCAGCUGUUGGAACAGACACCGUGAUACCUGGUGAAAGAUAUCGUUUCCGCGUGAGAGCUGAAAACAUACAUGGGGUUAGCGAACCUGGAGAGGAAUCUGAAUUUGUUCGAAUUCCGAAACAAGGGGAAACGUGUUUGCAAGAUGACGAAGACGAAUUCAAGCCACCGUUCGAAGCUCGAAUAGUGGACAUGGAAGAUGGACAAUUGUUUAAUCAUCGAUACGAAAUAUUGGAGGAAUUGGGUAAAGGUCGAUACGGAACUGUACGGAGGGUGGUGGAGAAAUCUUCAGGUACGAACUUCGCGGCAAAAUUUGUCAGGACCAUCAAAACGAAGGAUCGAGAGCAAGUUCGAGAGGAAAUUAGAAUCAUGAACAUGCUGCGACAUCCGAAACUCCUCCUUUUGGCGGCUGCUUUCGAGAGUCCUCGAGAAAUCAUAAUGGUUACGGAGUAUAUUUCUGGUGGCGAACUUUUCGAGAGAGUUGUUGCUGACGAUUUUACCCUGACCGAAAGAGAUAGUAUACUGUUCAUGAAACAAAUUUGCGAGGGUGUCGAAUAUAUGCAUCAGAAUAAAGUGGUGCACUUGGACCUAAAGCCGGAGAACAUAAUGUGUCGAACACGAACUUCUCAUCAAAUAAAACUCAUCGAUUUUGGUCUAGCACAGACGCUCAAACCAGACACACCGAUCAGAGUCCUUUUCGGCACACCAGAAUUCAUUCCACCAGAAAUAAUAAGUUACGAACCGAUCGGUACCGAAUCGGACAUGUGGAGCGUCGGUGUAAUCUGUUACGUUCUCUUAACCGGUUUAUCACCAUUCAUGGGCGACAAUGACGCCGAGACCUUCGCCAACAUUACUCGAGCUGACUACGACCUGGAAGAUGAGGCCUUCGAUGCGAUUUCCAACGACGCUAAAGACUUCAUCAGCAGCCUGCUUGUCAAACGAAAGGAAUCGCGAAUGUCGGCCAGACAAUGUUUGGAACAUGCUUGGAUGGCGCAACACGCGGAAGCCAUGAGUAGGAUAGCUUUGCCGACAGAAAAGCUGAAGAAAUUCAUAGUACGAAGAAAGUGGCAGAAAACAGGAAAUGCCAUUCGUGCACUGGGAAGGAUGGCGAUACUUUCAGCGAACAGCAGACGUAGUCCAACAGCGACCGCAGAAUCCUCACCAACCUCGGAUCCCUCGAAUCCCAUUGAAUCGCCACGAACGAUCGAUUUUGACGUUUCAUCGAACGAACAAAAAUCACGUGACAUUGACGACGCGAUAGGAAAGAACAGCGAGAGCACGAGCAAGUUAGAUACUCGAGAAAGGAAUCUGUAUUCGUUCUGUUAUAAGACAAAGAUGAACAUCUCGCCAGAGGAAACGUUAGACUUGUCUCUAAAGGAAGAAACACGCGUAUCGUCGGACCUUGACGAGUCGGACCUUGACGAGUCGUCAUUGAAAAAUGAACCGUCGACGGAUCACGCGGGAUCGUGUUCUCAGGGAAAUGGAUCCGGAGGGACCCGAGAAACUGAUACAGCUGAGGAAACUGAGGGCCAGAACGAAGUUCAGUCAGAGGAACUGCUUCCUAUGGAGAGAAUCGAAGAGGAAACCGAAAUCGUGACGCGAUGUCAGGUCGAGGAGCGCACCUUGAUAACCGAAGAAAUUUCGAUUUUGACGAGUGUAACCGUGGAAGAAAAGAGUUCGAUCGACUUCAAUGACAAGUCGGAAUCUUAUCAGGAUUUACUUUGGGACGAGGUCACUACAAAAUCAACGAUCAGUGAUGAGAUUAAUUCUCCGGAAUUAAUGACUUUAGAAUGCAAACAAGACUCGACCUGGAACGUCGAAGAAAAGACGGUCAGUGAAGAUGCGGUCAUGGAAAUAGACAAAGAAUCGAAGCAGAAGACGGACCGAGAAUCGAGUGUAAACUCGCAGAAGUCGCGUCGGGUUUUUAGAGGUGACUCGCGAGAUUCUGGCAUAGGAGAUUGUAUUUCCAACUUAUCCGCGUCUUCGCAACAAGUGAACGAACUGGGUAUUUCGUCGAUUAAAGAAGAAGAGGCGGACAACGAAAAUAAUAAUGACAACCUUAAAAACGUGUUACAAAAGGUGGAGCAAUUUGAAAGUCGUAGGACGUCGCUCGAGGAAAUCAACGAAAUGUCAAGAAACAUUGAAAUUUCGGACCCAAAGAAACAUACCAAAGGAAGUAUCGAGGUAGCUACACUGAGUGGUGUGACUAAAGCUUCGCGUGAAAUUAAUCGACAGCAUGAAGUGCCCGACGAAAUUGAGGACCCAAGGCUACUAAUCGGAAGAAUUCGUAGCAAGUUCGUUCCGACCGGAAACGUGAGUCGUACCGCCAAAUUAUUCGAGAAAGAGGCAGCAGAAUCUAAAUCAUCGACGAACGUACCGCAAGUGUCGCAACGUACAAAUCCUGUGGUCACUAUGACGUCAGGAAAACCACACAACGAGAGGAUACAAAAAGCUUUCGCCUUUUGGAAUAAGUAACCCGUGAACGAGUGCAUAUGAGUCAUCAUCGAUAUCACUCGGAGAACAGCCGGUAUUUUUCGAUAAAUUGACGAAUAUUUUAAAAAUCGUUUGACUGAAACUGAAAAUGUGGUAUUACACCUAAAAGUGUUAUUUUCGUGUUUUAAAAGAGUCACGGAUGAAUAGAAUUAUUAAUAAUAUAUAAGUUGUUUUUUAAACAUCGAAACGUGCGUUGUGUUAUUACACAAACAAUAAUUUAAUCAUACACCAAACCUCGUUAAUAAUUACGAAAAUAAAAAAAAAAGAGAUAGGGUAAAAAAUGGAACAUUAUCGACGCGAUAGUGACGAGUUGAAGUUUAGUCUAAAACAAUUCUAAUCGCAAGAAAAAAAAACAUAUUUAUUUAUUUAACAAGUUUCUUAUCAGUCCCACGUAGCCUGAGAUGAAUAUUUAUAGCAUAGGUACAAGAUAUUUACAAUUUAUUUCAUUGCCAUUCUUUAUCUCUUCUUCUUCAUCGAAAUUGCACUGAAAAACAUUUCGGCGCAUUGAAGUCACGAAUAAGACUUGAUCUUUGACAUUUACAUUUUCCGCUGUGUAGAUAUCUUCGAUGAUUUCGAGAGUUUGGAUUUCGAGAUACUCGCAAAUUUAUUGCAAACGAGAAAGGAAGAUUCGUUUGCAUGGUCGAUGCGUGUAAAUAGCUGUCAGUAAUAUUUUACAAGCGUAGAAAAUAUGUAACGUAUUUAUUACUUCCUUUGCACCCUUUGCUUUCUUAUAAACUUAAGAAAGUGAUUACAUGUAUUAUUAUAAAUUACAUGUGAAUAAAAAGAAAUAAAAAUUC